CAGUGGAAGUUUGAACGCUUUUUGGACACUCACAAAAUGUUCAUAAAAGCUAUUAUUUUGGACGGUUUCAAGUCCUAUGGGCGCAGAACAGAGAUUCGGGGCUUCGACAAUGAAUUUAACGCUAUCACCGGCCUAAAUGGAACCGGGAAAUCCAAUAUAUUGGACUCUAUUUGCUUCGUGUUGGGCAUCACAAAUUUGAGCCAGGUCAGGGCUACAUCCCUGCAGGACCUAGUGUACAAGAGCGGUCAGGCGGGCAUCACACAGGCCAAUGUGACGCUUGUGUUCGACAACAGGGACAAAGAUCACUGUCCAGUAGGCUUCGAGGAUGCUGAUGAGAUCUCAGUGACGCGACAAGUGGUUGUGGGCGGCAAAAACAAGUAUCUGAUUAACGGGCGGAAUGUGCCGAACAAGCGCGUCCAGGAUCUGUUCUGCAGUGUACAACUUAACAUAAACAAUCCGAACUUUAUCAUCAUGCAGGGGCGCAUCACAAAAGUGCUGAAUAUGAAGCCGCAUGAGAUUCUGUCACUGGUUGAGGAGGCGGCUGGUACGAACAUCUGGCAAAUGAAGCGCGACACGUCCCUCAAAAUGAUCGAGAAGAAGGAUGCAAAGCUGAAAGAAUUGAACGCCAACAUCACCGAGGAAAUUCAACCUAAGCUGGAGAAAUUGCGAGAAGAGCGACAAAAGUACAUUGAGUAUCAGAAUGUGUGUCGAGAUAUUGAGUUCCUGAAGCGGAUACAUUUCUCCUAUCUGUACCUCAGUGUCCUGAAGAUUACAGAUGGGAACCAGAUCAAGACGGAUGAGAUAAAUGCGUUGAUUGAGAAGCACAAGGAUAAAAUAGAAAAGAAUGAGCAAAAAACGCAGGAAUUGCAAGGCCAAAUCGCUGAUCUUACUAAGAAACUCCAGCAAAACUCAGAAGGGGAGCUGGAGGCCAAGGAAAUACAGCUCAGUGAAUUAAUAAAAGAGAAUUCUGCGCUCACAGGCAAGAAGAAGGCAUUGGUGAACAACAUCGAGGCAGAGAAAAGGAAGUUUAACCAUCUCAAAAGGGCAAUCGAUGAUGACCAGAAACUCCUACAGGCGAAAAGGGCAGAGCAAGGCAACACAGAUGUGAAUUUCAAGACAAUGGAGGAGGAAAACGAGAAGCUGAAGGCUGACUAUGAGGCUGCCCGUAACCGCGUGGAGGCCAUCACGGCGGGUGUGUCCACAACAGCCAGUGGUCAGUCCGUAACGCUUCAGGAGCAGCUGAUGGAAGCAAAGCAGCUCGUGUCCACAUCCACUACGAAGAUCCAGGAUUGUCAGGGGCAGAUGAAACACCUCACGAAUCUCGUGAAGGAGAAGCAAAACGAAAAGCUCUCGGCUGACACAGCUUACGACAGCGAUAGGGAUUUGGCGAAGAACCUGGAGAGAGAUGUGGCAAAACUGACGCAAUCUUUGGGCCGUGUAAAGUAUCAGGAGGGAAGCCUUGAAGAUCUGGAGAAUCGUCGAAUCGCCGUCACAGAGGAAAUGCAGAAGAUUCAGAGAGCUCUAGAUCAGAAGGGCGCCCAUCGCUUUGAAUUCCAGUACCGAAAUCCUGAGCCCAAUUUCAAUUGUCACCGCGUGAAGGGGCGUCUCUGCAAUCUCUUCUCACUUAGCGACAUGAAAUACGGUCUGGCAUUACAAAUGUGUGCCGGAGGAUCUCUGUAUCAUGUAGUUACGGACACAGAUGUCACCAGCAAGAUGAUUCUGCAGAAGGGGGACUUGCAGACUCGCACGACAAUGAUGCCACUGAACAAGAUUAGCAGCCGAUGCAUGCAGCCACGCACAGCAAAGAUGGCUGAGAGUGUGGGCGGGAAGGGAAACAUCUUUCCUGCCCUCUCACUCAUCAACUAUGAUCCGGCAUUGGAGCAAGCGAUGAAGUAUGUGUUCGGCAACACAUUCAUCUGCAAGGAUAUUGAUGUGGCGAAGAAGGUGACUUUUCACCGGGAGAUCAUGACCAGGUGUGUCACUCUCGACGGAGAUGUCGUGGAUCCUUCGGGUAGUCUCACAGGAGGUUCCAGACCUAAAGGCGGAGCAGUUCUGCUGGAGGUGGCGAACAUAAAGAAGCUAAAAACUGAGUACAACGAGAAGGAGAUUGAACUGCGGCAAAUUGAGAAUCAAAUCCAGCAAUUGCAAGGGAUUGCCGCGGAGUUCAGACAGUUGAAGCAGGAUUUGGAGUUACGUCAGCAUGAGCUGAAGGCCGUUGAGAGCCGCCUGGCCAAUUCUACAUUCCAGAUGCAUCAGAGUGAGAUUCAAGAGAUGAAGGCGAAGCUUGCGAGCCUGGAGGAAGAGUUGACAGAGGCGAAGGAGGUGUGCCAGCGUGAGAAGGAGAAGAUUAAGAUGCUGGAGUCACAGUUGUCCGACUCAAAGGGCUAUAGGGAGCGUCAGUUGAAGCAGGCAAAGAAGGAUCUUGCAGACAUCAAGGCCAAGUAUACAGAGAGCAGCAAUGUGUGGAAGAAGAAGAAGGAUGGCAAUGAUCAGAUAAAUAUGGAGAUUGAAGAACUCAUUGCCACUGUGCAGACGUCUUCUGCUCAGUUAGAGAGUUUCGAGGAGAAGCUAAAGGGUAUGGAAGCGGAUUUGGAGAACUUUUCGAGCAGUGGAAACGAAAUGAGCGAAAAGAUCGCAGAAUUAAAAGCGGAAGUGCAGGCUAUGCAGGAGCACAUCACAUCCCAGGAUCGAGAGAUUGGCGCCAAAACCAAGCAGAUUGACAAGAUGACGAAAGAGAGUGAAGAUCUGCAAGUGGAAAUAAAGAAGCAGGAGUCGGCGCUGGGAAAAGCAAAGCGUGACGGUGAGGAUGCGAAAAGUCGCAAGGCGGAUCUGGAGAAGAAGUUCCCAUGGAUCUUGGAGGACAAGGAAUACUUCGGAGCAAAGAAUACCAAGUACGAUUACAGUCAGGAGGAUCCGAAGGCGGCUGAGAAGAAGCUGCACAAGAUGCAAGAGAUUAAGGAUCGCAUGAGCCGCACAAUCAAUGAGAAGGCCAUGAUGUUGCUGGAGCGCGAAGAGGCGGACUUUAAAAUGGUAGUGAAGCAGAGAGAGAAUGUGGAAAAGGACAAGGCGACCAUCUUGAAGACCAUGAAGGAGGUGGACCAGAAGAAGAACGAGCAGGUGAAGAAAGCCUGUCAGGAGGUGGGAAACAAUUUCAGUAACAUCUUCAGCUCCAUUCUGCCGGGGGCGGAGGCGAAGCUUGUGCCCGUGGACGGGAAUUACCUGAAGGGCCUGGCAGUGAAUGUGGGCUUCAAUGGGCUGUGGAAGGAGGGCCUCGCCGAACUGAGUGGUGGCCAGCGGUCUCUGGUCGCCUUGUCUCUCAUUCUGGCCAUGCUGAAGUUCAAUCCGGCGCCAAUUUACAUCCUCGAUGAGGUGGACGCCGCUCUGGAUCUUUCCCACACGCAGAACAUCGGAAGCAUGCUGAAGCAGCACUUCAAGAAGUCCCAGUUCAUCAUUGUCUCCCUCAAGGAUGGAAUGUUCAACAACGCCAACGUCCUCUUCCGCACUAAAUUCGAAGACGGAAUGUCCGGUGUGGUGCGAACGGUCAAUCCGAAGAACUAAUGAACGGCAAACUUCAUUUUUUUUUCACAAUAAAAUAUUUUCUCAUGACAUUUUGACUCUCAUCUCUGA